UGUUCCCCCUGUGCAACCAAGAUGACAUAUUUCCAUGCUUCAUCAUCUGACACGUGGUGGAGAAUACCAAAUUUGGACCCAUCUUUAUUUUCAUGAAGUGUUCUCUCCCAUCUCUGGAAUGGCAGGGAAGAGUUUUCUCUGGUUUGGUAAGAAAUAACAGCAAGAGGAGCUGGAAUCUGCUGUGGGCGUUGGUCCAGGGCUGUCUGCCACAUGAAUUUCCAGGGGGGUAGGUUGGUUCUGAGCCCUCCUGCAUGGGGCUCUGCUCUUUGAUGCCAGCCUUUCUUCUUGCUUUUCCUCUAGCCAUUGCUUUCUGGCACUAAGCUGCUUCCUGAAGAUUGCACAGCAAGCCAGAUCAGCUUCAAGGGGAGCUGAUCCAGGAGAGGACAUGGGGCCAAAAGAGCCUGAGGAGUCUGAAGAUGCAGCUUUAUCAGCUUAGCAAAAGGGCUGGUGCAUCGAAUGGCAAAGGCUGCAGGUCCUGUGUGCUUGAGGUCUGUGACAGAAGGCUCUGCACUAUUCCCACCACAGCCCAGACGCCCAUGGAAGGAUUAUUCCCCCAGCACCUCCCAAACCCCUGGUGCCAGCAGUCCCCCCGGAAUCCAUGCCUCUGUACAAAGGGACACGAGGGAAUCUGUGAUUCAUCCCGUGACGCUCUGAGGUUGUCGCCUCCAAGGACAGAAACCUGUUGGAGUAACAUGUGGCAGACCUGGCCCCAGGGCAUCUUCAGCUUCGCUCCUGCCUGAAGCAGCAUCCUGAGCCACAGCAGUGGGAGCAGCAGGUAACUGAUCUUCACAGAAUUGCUCUUACGAUGUGGGAGGUCAUCACAACCCCAAGACUAAGGAAAUCUUGUGAAUCACCGCUCCUGCACUUAAGAAGCCUUGUGAAUCACCGCUGCUGAACACGCCCCGCGCGGCAUCAGCGUCUUUGGAGAAAACUGAGGAUGAGGACUCUAAGCUGAGUCCUUUAUUUUGGCGUUGAUGCUCUGCGAGCGGGAGACUUCGGGAGACGCGGUCCUCACCUGAGCGAUCCAGCCCCAUUCCCCCGUUUGAAGGCUGUUAAUGGAGAAGAGGGCGGAUGACAGCCGGGACCGUGGUCAUCACAGGUGGAAUAUUAGCGACUGUCAUUUUGCUAUGUAUCAUCGCCGUCCUCUGCUACUGUAGGCUCCAGUAUUACUGCUGCAAGAAGGAUGAGUCCGAGGAGGACGAGGAGGAGCCCGACUUCGCCGUGCACUCCCACAUCCCGCCGCUCCACUGCAACCGCAACGUAGUGCUGACCAACGGCCCGUCCCUCUACACCUCGUCCCCCUUCACCAAGAAGCCGACCCCGACCCGGUCCAGCUGCCCCGGCUGCGGCCCCUACGAGCCCCCCUACGAGCCCCCCACCUUCUUCCUUCAGGAGCCCCCCGAGGAGCUGCACAACGGGGGCGACCGGGUGAGCUACAAGACGGUGAGCCAGGAGGAUCUGGCUCUGCCGGUGAGCGUGUCCAACCUGCAGGCUCUCAACCCCAACCGGCUCUCGGCCAUGCGCGAGGCCUUCUCCCGCAGCCGCAGCAUCAGCACCGACGUGUGAGGGGCUGGCAUCCUGUCACACCUCGUCGCACCUGCCGGGGCUCUGAACGGCGGGGAGAACUCGGUGAAGUUCUGAAAAAGAAGAAAAGCAAAAGAAGUGAAUGUAUUUCUACCAGGGCUGAACGGCAGCGUGAAGGGGUAGCGAAGCACACCCGAAAGGGGAGCGUGGGGGAGGAUGGUUGCAGCUGGGACGUGAGGUUUUCUAGCGCUGCGUUGCAUUUUUUUUUUUCUUUUGUAAAGAGGAUUUUGAUACUUGGAGCAUCCUUUUCUAUGGAGUACCCACCCCUCCUCACCUGGAAAGCCGAGGGACGGUGAGCAAAUAGGGGGGCACAGGGUUGGCUGCAGAAUGGCUCGUGCUGCGAGUCAGCAGCCAGCUGCUGCCGUGACGUGGGGGCCCUGAUGUGCACACAUAUGUGCACACACACACACGCCCUCAAAGGUUCUCAAGCAGAGCAGAGCUGCUAUUGCCCACCCUUCUGCCACCCCUUCCUGCAGUGCUCCGUGCUGCAGCCAUGGCAGUGUGCAUGUGUGUGUGUGCACAGCCCUGCACUAUUCCCAGACCACCUCGCUCCUCAAGUCAGUCAUUAAUUCCCAAGUGACAGGCACAAUCCCCUCAGGGCUGGGACGGCGGGUGCAUGCACAGCCUAUCCCUGCCCCUGGAGAUCCUGGAGUGACCUCACAGUUCCCUGAUGGAGGGUGCAAACCCAUUGUGUUGCCUGGCUAUGGGAACAACACACAGCACACUUUUGGAUUGAGGAAUACCUCUCUGAAUAAUCCUUCCCUUCUCCGAGUAAUGCCAUAAACAACUUCUAACUGAGGCUCUGUGUCAUCACGUAUGUGCCCACCCCAAGCAUGCACAUUUUUACAUGCAUUUAUUUGUCUUCUUUAAUUUUCUAAAAAUCCUUGAUGCUUUUCACCCAUCCAGAGAUGUGUCAAAACACUUCAGAUUUAGGCAAAACCUCCUCUUUAGCAUUUUUCAUUGAGCCCUUUCCCACGGCCGGGCAGCCUGGCUGUGGCACCAGCUCUGUCCCUGCUCCUCCAGCCACACUGGAUCUGGCCAGGGCAGUGCUGGGAGAGCAGCAGGCACAGAGCUGGUCACUGAGAGUGUCCCUCUGCACCAAGCAUGCUGUAAAGGAACCCUUUUAGUAUUUCAGUGCUUUAGGAGAGGAAUUGCACGUUGCAGCAAUGUCUACGGGGGGACUCACGCUCCAGUCUCUCCUGGCUGUCUCCAUUCCUCCCCUCCAACCUCGCCAUACUCCCAGUUUGUGUGACAAAAAGCACCCUGUUUCUCCUGGAUUAUACAUUAUUCAGGUUUAAAGCAUCACGCUGGACCUGGGGGCGGCUGGCAGAGGACGGACUGGCUGCACAGAGACUCCAGUGGCCCCAGUGCUGUGCUCCAGGUCAGCUUUCCUUUUUCAAGAUGUUACGGGAAGAAACAGCCGUGGCUCCAGCCCCAUCGGCUCACAGACACUGUGCUGCAGCCCAGCUGGGUACUUUACUUUUAACCACGAGGGCUUUUAAUUCCACAGGAAAUCUUUUGAAGUACAAGUCAGUCUUUGCAAAUGAGUAUCUUCGACUUUCUCGGGGGGGUUCUGUUUGGGUUUGGGGGGGGAGGGGGCCGGGGUUGGUUUCGUACGUGUUUAAUAUUCUGGGCUCGGUCCCUGAGGUGCUGCAUCCCGGGAGCACGAUGCCUCUGCUCCGGAGGGAUGCAGCCACUCGGGCCAUGCUCCCAUGUACAGUUCUCACCGGGGUUUGUUUCCACGCCUUGAGCCCUUUCUCUCCCCGUUUCUCGUGACCGUACUUCUCCUCCCAGCCUUCCUUCCUUUUUUCCCUUAUUUCUUUCCCUUGUAGCUUGGAAACUAAGCAGACGGUUGGCUUUCACUAACCUUCACCUGGUGAUCUGUUGUACAGGACUUUGGGGAUCUCGGGGAGGGGGGGGAAGUAAAAAAAGAAAUAAAAUAAAAUUAAAAAAAAAAAAAAAAAAGAAA